AUGUCCUUCGACCGCCUACAUCCCGAGUUGUGGAGCCAUAUCCUCAGCUUUUUCUUUGUCCCCCAUUUCAAGCCGCUUUCCGGCUGGACCAAGGAGGAGGCGGUGGGGGAACCGCCGGAAGUUGUCGCUCGGCUUCGAGAUGCAGGGAAUGAGGGUGUGACCAAGAGGAGCGAUAUCAAGGCGACAAGUCUGGCUGUGCUGAUGAGGACGAGCAUUGCAUUCAACGAACUCGCUCGCGGUCCACUAUACAAGCGGAUCCUCACGGAUGACUGGGUCGGUCUCAAGCGCGGGGCAUUCAUACGCGCGGAAAGACUCGAACCCCCUCCCCGUCCUGCUCUCGAGCCCAAGAGGAAACUCCCCCCCCAGCAAGUCCCAGAAGAUUGCUUGCUCGUCUGCGAUCUUGCGGUGUCCGAAAGACUUCAGGUAGUGAUUCGCCAUGGUCUCCCAGACCCCAUCUUGUCCGCCGAAUAUCGCCCCGAUCGUGAGGGUUGUGAGGUCAGGGAAGGUGUCCGGGUUGAUGAUGGUGACUUGGGUGUUGAGGGCUUCCGAGGGAUCAUCGUCGAUCCAGUUCCGCCAGUCACCCCUAAAGAGGUCGAGGUAGGAGACGCCCCCGAAUUUGGGACGGUAUUCCAGUUGGAGCGGGGCAACUCGGGGCCAUACAGCCUACCUCCUCUGGUCGCUUGGACGGAUGACAUGCCCGGACUGCCCUCAAAGCCCCCUCCCCCAUUCGUCUUCCAUUUCCACGUCGGUCAAGUGAGCAACGAGAUUCCGACCGGUCGCGUCCCCGUCAAUUGGGCCCAAGACGUCCUCGACCCUUCCCUCCCCCGUCACUCCGUCCUCCCCAUUAUCCGCAAAGCCCUCGGAAUCGACCGCAAUACGCCCUACUUUAAUCCACCGGGAUCGGGGCGGACGCAGGCGGUCUUGAGGGGAUUCGACGAGAAUCAGCGGGAUGACGUGGACAGGGUGCAGGCGACGCUAUUGAGGGACGUGCCCAAGGAGAAGCUGCUCAAGGAUAAGGUAUGGGGAGGUGCUGGGGAAGAGUCUCUGAGGCGCGCCGAGGGAGGCGGCUGGAAUAGGAGCGAGCGAGCGGUGUACCUACGGACCUGGGCGUGUCUUCUGCCAGGCGCUCACGUCGCGCCGGAGCGUGCAGAAGGGGGCGCUGCUAUGCGUGGCGCUCGGGGCCAGCGUGAGACGCGGGGUGAAGCGGCGGCAGAGGGUGCCGGACAUGGCAGACGGAGUAGAACGGACCAUAUUGAUAGUACGGUGUUGAUUCUAAGAGGCGCUACCUCCUAUGUCUUUCGAUACCCUUCACACGGAGAUCUGGCAGCAUGUGCUCAGCUUCCUCACUCCACCUCAGCGCCAACCUCUCUCCGGCCUCACCAAGGAAGAAGCUAUUUUCGAGAUGCCGAAUACGUUGAGCGACUCCCAUCGGCCGGUGCACCGGGAGCGACGAGCCGGGAUGAUAUCAGAGCGGACGUGCUAGCUACCCUCAUGACAGUCUCAGCGGCUUUCAACCGGCUCGCGGCUCCCAUCCUCUACAAGAAUAUCAUCACAGACGACUACAAAGGCCUCACAUCCUACAUCCACCAGGAAUCCGCCAAACCUGCCACAGAGUGCAAAUAUCCACUGCUUCACCACACCAAAAUCGACGAUGUGCCGGCACGCUUGGCAUACCCGAGAAAACACCGUCUUUCGCAACCUGGUCCAUCUUUCCCUCGGAGCGGUCUUUGGCGGACAGGAUGGGAUAUGGAAGGAGGUGACCAACGUGAAAAUGAGGCCGUACGGAUGUGCGUGAAACAGCUCCCUGCCUCCCCCGGCGCGCCCACUCGUUGGCUACAGGAAGCACAUCAUCCCGACGAUCCCUUUCACCCACUCAUUAACUCCGUCGGCGGGUUGAUGCACAGCGUUUGUGCCGUCCCGGUCAGCCAUGACACCAAUCCUGCGCCAUACUCACAUCACCCUCAAGGCAGAAAAAAGGCUUUCGACGUCUCCAUCUAUAGCGGACCCUCAAUCUGGCCGGCGGUCCUUCCACCUGACCCUCCACUCGCUCAAUGGCCGGUCGGUCCUCACAAACCGCGACAUCGUGGCGAAUCAGAGGAGCAGGCGAUGGUGAGAUGGUCAAAGGUGUGGUUGGGGUCGAUCCCGCGAGAAAGGCGAUUAGCAGGAGACAAGAUGGUUUGGCGUCCGUCGAGAGGUGGUCCGGGGUGCGAGGCGUGCGGAUGGGUCUAUGAGUGA